AUGCGUGCGCUUGUGGCGUUCUUGGCCCUGCUGGGCGCUGUGUUCGCCAAGCGGGAGCACAGCGGCCGGGAGACGACGCCGAAUCUGAUGCUUCUGCUGGCAGAUCAGUUCCGCUUCGACUUGCUGGAGGAGGAGUCUCUGCCCAACUUGCGGCGGCUGGGACAGGAGGGCGCCAGCUUCCAGGCGCACUACUCCUCCACGCCCACCUGCACCCCGGCGCGCGCGGCGCUGCUCACCGGGCGCUCCCCCUGGGGCCACGGCAUGCUGGGCUACGGGGCGGUCGCUCCGAGGUAUGAACUGGAGAUGGCGAGGGCGUUGGAGCAGCACAGCGCUGUGGUGGGGAAGAACCACUUUGGCUGGGACAGGAGAACCCAAUCGCCCAAGGCCCAUGGGUACCAGCACCUGCAGAUCUACGACGGCCUGGGCAACGGCUUUGUGAACGGCAGCGAGUUCGACGACUACGACCAGUGGUUCCAGCAGCAGCUCCCCGGGCAGGACCCCUUGCGCAGCGGCGGUCUCGACUGGAACUCCUGGCGGGGAGCUCCCUACGACUUCGAGGAGAAGUUCCACCCCACUGCCUGGACGGGCCGGAGGGCCCGUGAGGCGCUGCAACACUUCGCCGCAGCAGGUGAUCCCUUCUUCUUGAAGGUCUCCUUCCACCGGCCCCACAGCCCCUACGACCCCCCGCGGCGCCUGCUUGACGCCACGCCCCCGCCGAAAUCUGCUCCGGCAAAAGCCGCGGACCAAUGGGACGACCACUUCCGGAACUGCUCGCAGCAAGGUGAACAGGACGCCUGGUGCGGGGAGGUGGCGCCCGCGGCUCUGAACCUCACGCGCCGGGCCUACCGCGCCAGCGCCCGCUUUGUGGACGAGGAGGUGGGCCGGAUCAUGCAGGAGUUGGAGGGCUUAGGCUUGAAGGAGAAGACCUUCAUCCUCUUCACCUCGGACCACGGGGACCAGCAGAUGGACCACUUCCUCUGGCGCAAGGGUUACCCCUACGAGGCGGCAAGUCACAUCCCGCUGCUGCUGCGGUGGCCGGAAAGCAUGGAUCUGGGGCCGCGUGGCGUGAAGGUGUCGGAGGUCACAGAGCUGCGCGACAUCUUCCCCACCUUCCUGGCGGUUUCGGGCCUCUGGAACGAGACCCUGGCGCAGCACAUGGAGGGCCGACCCCUCACUCAGCUCCUGCGCACCGGAAAGUCGCAGUGGCGCAAAUGGGUGGACUUAGAGCACGAUGUGGUGUACAGCCCGGAGAUCCAUUGGAGUGCCCUCACAGACGGGCGGAUGAAGUUCGUAUUCCUGGCUCACACUGGCGAGGAGCAGCUCUUCGACCUCCAAAACGACCCCUCGGAGACCCACAACUUGGCGAAGGAGCCGUCGCAUGCCUCGGAGCUGCGCACCUGGCGCGAGCGCAUGGUGCGGCAGUUCGAAGCGGAAGACCGGGGCGAGGAGUGGGUGAGCGGCGGACGGCUGCAGGUACGGCAGCAAAGCUGUCUGUAUGGGCCCAACUACCCUCUGCCGACCAAGAACUGCCGCCUCGUGGCUCCACUCGCAGAGAUUGUCUGA